AUGGCUGCUGCUGCGCACAGCUUUUCACCGGAUGUCGAAGCAGCUUUGGCCAAGCAGCCUGGUCUCAAGGCAAGCUUGGAUGAGGCGGCUUUACAAUCCCUAGCAAGGGCCGACCCCACCCGGGCUGCGCAGGUGGUGGAGGACCUGACCAUGAAGGCUGAUGUUCGGAACCCCUCAGCCUUCAUUUCUUCUACACUGGCACAGAACCCGGCGCUUCGGACAAGCACUGGCGUUGGCUCGGCAGAGAGUAUCCAAGAACUACUCCGCCCUCAUCCAGACUUGCAAAAGGCAUUGGAUGAGGGUGCAAUGAAGCGCCUUGCAGAGGUGGGUUUGCAACGAGCCACUGAACUGAUUGAUGAGCUGAUUAAGCGUCCGGAUGUGCGAAAUCCAUCCGCUUUUGUGGUGCAUGCACUGAGCAGGACAACUGCGGGGACAAAUGCUGCUUCUGUGGAGGAUGUCCUGGAAGCUUUCCCAACGGUGGCAGCGCGUUUAGAUGAUAGAGCGCAGAUGAGGGUGCGCGAUUCUGAUCCAGUUCGGGCUAAAGAGAUAUUGAAUGAGAUCUUGAACCGUGAAGACCUGCAGAACCCUUCAGCGUUUGUGAUGAAGUCUUUGGGUCAUUCACGAGAGCGGCACGACGGACACGGACCUACGGGGCUGACAAUGCAGGAACGUGACUACCUAGCAGCCACACAGGUGGAGACACUCCUUUCGGGAUAUCCGAAUUUGCGCUCCCGACUUGAUGGCCAGGCAAUCAGAAGGAUGAGGGAAUCCGACCUGACACGUGUGCAAGAGAUUCUCCAGGAAAUGGACAGCCGGGGUGAUGUCCGAAACCCUUCUGCCUUUGUGGUGAAGGCACUGGCUGAUCAUUCGGCACUGCGGAGACCCGAAACAUCACUGGUCGGAGCAGAACACACGGUGGCAGCACCGGCCCUUCUGGCCGCGCAAUACAUGCUCGCAGCACAGGCAGCGCAGGCUCAGCUAAUGCCGCAACUGGCAAUACCUGGCCUGACGGGCCUGACCUCUCAAUAUUCUCAGCUGGCGGGGCUCUCUGGACUUUCCGGACUCCCUGGGCUGGCAGCAUCUCAGAUUGCAGGGCUGACAGCACCUCAGAUACCUCAGCUGGCAGCAGCUCAACUCGCAGCACCACAGCUGACCCCACCGGGAUUCUUCUUGCCAUCAGCUGAUCCGCUGCAACAGAUGCUGGCACUGCAUCCUGCCGUGACUGCCCAGCUGGAUGAACGAGCGAUGUCAAGUCUGCAGGCGACUGAGCCUGCCAGAGCCGUCCAGGUUCUUGAAGAGAUCGUCACCAGGGGAGAUGUCCAAAACCCCUCAGCCUAUGUGGCUGCCAGCCUGUCACGUGGCCGCCCAGAGAUGAGAACGCUUACUACACUUCCCGGAGAUCCAGCUGCAGCGGCGCAGGCUCUCGGUCGCUCAAGGUCUCCCAGGCGACAGGCUGGAUUCCCGUGA